GCCGUUUCGUGAACAGGACACAAUACGCGGAAGCUGCCCGCAGCCAAAGAAGCAGUUGUGAAGCCAGUUUCAGGCAGCGUUCAAGCGGCGCGUUCUGCAAUGUUUUCUAACACUCCACAGUCAAGGUGUGUGUUUGUGUGUGGGUGAAGUCGUUGAAUAGAUGUGAGUGUGUGACGGUGUGACUUUGAUUGUAACUGUGACUGUGACGGUGUUGAUGUGAGAGUGCAAGAGUGUUUUCUGACCAAACAAAAGCAGCAACGAAACGAAACGCAAACGAACGCAAGCAACUUUCAAGUGGCAACAUUCAAGUGUUGCAAAUUAUACGCCAUACCCGAAAUUUGAGAAUUAUGCGCCAUUUCGAAAUGUAACAAGCGCGUCUUACACAAACACAACACACAGAUGUACACAUCGCAAGAGAGGGCGAGAGAGUCACAUUACAAAUGGAAAAUAAUAAUUUGGCUGCAAGUCAGAGUCGCAGCCAAUGUUAAUUAAAAGCGGCAUCCAAAGGCAACGAGCAGCAUUUAUGCUGCUGCCACAUACAACACGUUAUACUCGUAAAUCAAUCAAUUGACGCCAACAACAUCAACAACAACAACUACAAGAACAGCAGCAAGCGGCAGGCAACAACAUGUAGUAAGGCAAACAUGUUGCUUGCGCUUUAAGGACCACUUCAAUUCAAUACCGAGUACAAUGUCAAUGCCUAUUUACAUGGCGUAUGAAAAAUGGCCAUUUGUUUCCAAUCAAAUUGAAGCGAACGCGCACAGAAUGGACAACAUCAACGGACACAGCGAAAGCUCUGCAUCAACAAAGCGCAUGGAGAUGACUUAAAGCGGCUUAAAAGCGCACACACACAAAAAAACAUUGACAAAACGAAACGAAAAAUAAAAAAAAGUAAAAAUAAAUAAAACAAAAGCCACAUUGACAUAAAAUCCAACGGGCAGCCGGUCAACACUGCGUAUGCGUGAUUAAUUGCACUUUAAACACACAAACGAAAAGCGACACUCACAAACAGAAGAAAAUUUCAACAACAGCUCCAACAUGUUGCCCACAAAUGUGAUGACGUUCAUGAAGAAGAUGGUGGCCACCGAUGAGCAGACCAACGAGAGGCAACAGCAUGCAACAGAUUCGGGCGGCGGUGCCUCAAACACAGGCGCCUUGAACAAAAUGAAGGCAACGCUCUCCUCAUCGCUGCUAACCGUCACAGACAAAGUUAAUAAAAUGUCGCCACGCCCCUCGCUGGUGCCCACGGAUGCGGACACAAGCGGCAGCUAUGGCUCACCCAGCUAUCAACAGCAGCAGCAGCAACAGCAACAGCAGCAGCAGGAGUCCAGCAGCAACAACAAUAAUAACAAUACAGCAGGUGGUGGGGCAGGAGCUGCGGCAAAGCAAGAGCCAGGACGGAGGGCGGGCGCUUGCCGGGUGUGCCUGAAGUCCUUCAAGCCGGACGACUACCACAAGACGUGCUUCGAGUGCCAGCAGCGAGUGUGCGAGGAUUGCGCCAGCUACAGCAAACUGGAUGAGCACGAGGAUGCGAACAUGUGGCGCUGCAGCGUCUGUCGCCGCAAAAUGGCCUCACGCGUCUGCAUUCCACAGGAUUCGACAGACUCCACGCUGGACGUGCCCGUGCUGGAGGCGCUGCAGCGUCGUCACUCGGAUGCCAAGCUCGGCAGUAGUACACAAACCCUGGCGCCCAGCAAUGGCGCCGCUCUGGCGCCACCACGCAGUCCCGAGCUGCGUCGCCAUUCGGACGUUUCACCUGCAUCGCUCAAGGAGCUCGAACGUCAGCUGAAAGGAGGUCGCAGCAUGGCGCCCAGUCGCUCCAACAGUCCACCGCGUGGCAGCGAACUGGAGCCCGCAUUCGGUGCGCCGCUCUCCCGCAUGCAAUCGCGCCGUGGCUCACGUGUCUCACGGCAGCACAGCUACGACGAUGACAUGAAGACUGGUGGCGUCGGUGGGAGUAUGGGCGGCGGUGGUCCGGCCUUGGGCAUGGCUGCCGAUGGCUCGGGUCUGGGCAUACCCGCCAUGCCACGCAGAAAAUCGGCCUAUGAUGUUUUUGCGCCUGGUCUGAUGCAAGGUGCGGCCGCCGCAGCCGCCGCACAGCAACUGCAACGUUCGCCAGGCGAAGGAGGUGGCGGGGGCGCUGGCAUCAUGCCACCUGUGCAGCUGCCAGGUUCGCGAAGACCCUCGUUCCGAGUGCCGCAUGCCUCUGAGGAGCUGCAGAACGACGAGUCACCCGGCUCGCCAGACAAAGGCAGCCCUGUGCUCACCGUGGACGAUGAUCGACGCAUGCGGCGACGUGGCUCACAGCUGCCGGAUAUUGCGGCAUUGCAGAAUCGUGGCGCGUUGCCAACGGGACUCGCGGCCUCGAUACCGCCGCCAAUGGCCGCGUUUACGGGUCCCAAUCUAGAAGAUUUGGAAGCGCCACGACGACAAACGUCCAUGGAUGGCGAAGCCAUACGCAUUGUAAUACACGACGUGGAUUCGGGGCCGAUUUGUGCAUCAAAGCGACGCAUUAUUCUGCGACGGGAUCCCACGGACAAGGCACACCGCACACGAGGCUUUGGCAUGCGAGUUGUUGGCGGCAAAACCGGAGCGGAUGGGCGACUCUUUGCCUACAUUGUCUGGACUGUGCCUGGCGGGCCGGCCGAAAAGAAUGGCCUACAGCAGGGCGACAAGAUACUCGAGUGGAAUGGCAUGUCGCUGAUCGAUCGCAGCUUCGAGGAAGUCUGCUCCAUUAUGGACCGCACCGGAGACAUUGUCGAGCUGCUCGUCGAGCAUGCCACCGACUUUCGCAUGUGCGAUCUCUUCGAUGAGAAUCUGCCGCCUGGCAAUAGUGGCGGUCAAAGUGGACCACGACGUUCGGGAGAUGGUCCUGUGGGACUGGGACUUAUAGCGGACCCCGAAACCAUCACAGACAAAUCACCAGCAUCGCCAACUAGACGGAAAUUACCAAAAACUCCGGAGCAAAUCGCACGCGAGAAAAUGGUCAGUGGACGUGUUCAGAUUCAGGUUUGGUAUCACGCCGAACGCAACGAACUGGUCGUCUCCCUGAUGGCUGGCGAUGAUCUGGCACUUCGCGACGAGGCCUACGGACAUGGCAAUCUGCCCGAGGCGUAUGCCAAAGUACGCAUACUACCCAAAUGUGGCGAUGGCAGCGUACAGCAGACAGAGGUUAGUCGCCCCACUCAAAAUCCCAUUUGGAAUGCGACAUUGACGUUCGCGCAUGUGAAGGCCGACAGCCUGAUGGAUCGCUACAUUGACAUCCAGCUGUGGGAUCUGGUGCCGCACACCGAGUCCAUAUUCCUGGGGGAGUGCAACAUUGAGCUGCAGCAGGCGUUCCUCGACGACCAGGCCAUCUGGUGCCGUCUGGAGGAUCCCAAGGGGCUGCGCGGCAUCAGCAUCAGCAAGUCGCCCAGUGUGUCGCCACGUGGCUCCAUUGCAGCCGGCGCUGGUGCGCCAUGUGGCGAUGUCACACGGCUGCUGCGACGCGACUACAAUAUGCAGCGUUCAAUUUCGGAUGAGGUGGAUUCGAUUGGCGAUGGGGCGUCGUUGCUGCAUCCGGAUCAUGCAUGGAUUGCGGGAUCGCGACGAGGCUCAUCGCAGUCGGAAACGAUGGAGGUGGAGGUGUAUCAGCUGGGUAAGGACUUCUCGCGCUCAUUGCCUGGUUCGCGUCGCUCGAGCUUCCAGGAUGCCGAGAAGAAUCGACUCGAGGAGGAUGCGAUGGCCACGCCGCCCACCUCGUAUUUGGUGGGACGCCGUCGCUCCUCGGUGGCGCGACGCGAUCCGGAUGAGAUCUUGAAGUCCUUAAAAGCUGUGCGCGGCGAACUAGGACGCACCAUGAGCCUCGGCACCGAGCAGCACAAACGCAUGGGUUCCCGACGUGCCAGUCGAGUGGGACUUCCGAGUGGCCCCAACAGUCGCAAGAGCUCCAUACUGGAUCUCUCGCAGCAACAGCAAUUGCAACUGCAGCAGUUGCAGCUGCAGCAGCAAUUGCAACAGCAUCAAUUGCCCCCAGGCAUUGGCACAACGGACACCAGUCCCCCGUCCGAUGAUGAAGACAAACGCUUUCGUCCACGCUGGAAGGGCUCAGGCACCCAGCUGCCCCCUCAGAGCGCCAAACAGGCGUUGUCCCGACUCAAGCAAGCGGCCUCCGUCUCGAAUGUGGCGCAAGAGAGGCAAAGUCAGCUGCUGGGCAGCAAUCUGGGCGAUGGCGGCCACACACAGCAGACGAUGCGCAAAGGCAGCAUGGUUAACCUGCGUGGCCAGGACACUUUGACAGCCGGCCAGCUGCAGCAGCAGCAACGCAAGAGCAGCAUGUUCCAGCUGGGCGACACACAGCCGCAAUCGCAGUCGCCACUGCUGCAGCGCAAGGGCAGCAUGUAUGUGGCAUCGUCGACACACGACACGCCUCCUUUGGGUACGCCCACUCGCAAGGGGAGCGUCUAUCAGCGACCCAGCGUCGACAGCAGCAUCAACGAUAGCCCCCAGCGCAAGGGCAGCAUUUAUCAGCGCACAAGCACGGACAGCAACGAGAGUCCACAGCGGAAGCAGAGCGUGGUCAAGACUCUCAGCGGCAGCUAUGUCAACGUCUCGGCCAUUACGGGCAGCGAGUCGAGCUAUGGCCUGAAGCUGGGACCCUCCCAGAUCCAUCCGAAGGGCUAUCGCCUGACCACCGCACGCUACGGGGAGCUCAAAAUGGGCUUUGUCAAAAUCAAAGGCAAUGUCGAGGUGGAGCUGAUUUGUGCCCGCAACAUAGUGAAUGCGGACUGUGAGACGCCACCAGAUACGUAUGUGAAGUGCUACAUCAAGGAUGGGGAUCGACUGCGUCACAAGAAGAAGACGCGCGUGGUGCGGCAUGCGGCAGAGCCCUUCUACAAGCAGACCAUCAAGUACCAGAGCUCUGAUGUGUUUGGCCGGAAUAUUGUCAUCAUGGUGUGGCAGAGAUGCGUGGGCUUUGAGCACAAUCAGGGACUUGGUGGCACCGAGGUGAACCUGGACAAGGUGAACAUUGGACAGCAUAUUAAUGGAUGGUAUCCGCUUUUCCCCAUGCACAGCUAUGGCGGCUCCGAUUCGGAUAAUUCUCCUUGACCGAACACGCAAAUCCGAUUCCGAUUGCGAAUGCGUCGUCCGACAACAAAAACAAUAAUUCAAAUGAAAUGCAUAACACCAAUAUUAAAUAAUAAUAUUUAUAACGAUAUGCGAAUACCACUUACAACUUAAAGCUCAAUUUGUUAGUUCAUAAGUUUUGUUUACUCCUUCGCCCCCUUACAUAGUUAUAUACAUAGUUCAAAGAGCUUGACAGUUAUAGAAGAGUUUACAAGAAGAUGUGUGCGACCCGUGAGAGCUUUGUUUGAGUAAGUUAGAUACAGUUAGGAAGUUGGAGAGAGCACAAUAAUAAUGAAAAAUUGAGAGUACCAGAAAGAUAAUAUACAAUAUAAAUAUAUAUAUUUUUGCUUGUUGUUGUCGUUGUUGUGUUUAACGCUUAUCGUUGUCGUUGAUGAAGUUGAUGUUGAUGUGUUGUUGUUGUGUUUGUACUAGGAAAGAGAAAGUCGAAAGCGAGGCAACGAAAUGACAGUUAAACAAUUAAAUAGUUCCAACUAUAUAGUACACUACCCGAAACAAAACAUAUAGUAUAUUUACCGUUACGUAUAUCUGUUAGCCAAAUGUUGCGCAAAUUAACCCAAAACACUAAAUAAACUUUAUCAGGUAGCACAGAAAUAGAAACCCACAAAAGGUUUCACCAGCCCCCAGCUAAACUUUUCUGUCAGUGUACAAAAACGAAUACCGAAAUGGAAUAUGAAAAUGUAUAUCAAAAAACGAAACUUAAUUAAUAUGACAAUCUUCUUCAAUGUAUGCGUCUGUGUGCAUGUAUGUAUGUGUGCAUGUGUGUGUGAGUGUGUGAGUGCGACUAAAGUGUGAUUAAGACGAAUUUACUGUAGUCAUUUUUUGGAAAGCGCAACACAACACUUAAAACUUUUAGCUUCCCUUUAGCCAACCGCCCUGCCCCUAGACAUAUUUCAAAAUUCUGAUUCAGCUUCGAAAUUUUGACUUUCAACAGGACAAUCUCUUGUAAUGGAAAACCCCGAAAAACAAAAAAUAAGAAAAACACACGAAAACCAAAAAACAAGUUUCAACUCGGAGUUUCAAACUUGUGAAUAAGACGAAAAUAAAAAUACAAUGAAUACAACGUUUUUGAAAAACAAAAGAAUCAAACAAAAUUGCUAAAAAAUACUUACUAUACAUAUUUAAAUUGUACUUGUGUCAUACUUAUUAUAAACGCAAAACUAGAGUACUUUUUAAGACAAAAAAUCUUUUUACUGCGAGCUCGCUUAACUGUUUCUACUACUACACUUUGCAACGACUUUUUAUCGUUAGUUAGCGAUGAUGGAUUUCAAGCCAACUAUCAAAAUUCUACUUCCCAGGUUAAUCUUAGAUGUUGCUUACUCUAAAAAAAAAAACAAAAGAGACUAGUUAAGAACUAAUUCAUUAAUUCAUUAUCAUUGU